AUGCCGAGGGCCCCGGUCUCCCUGACCUGCAGCGCGGUGGCCGGCUCGCUGGCGCUGCUCGCGAGGCAGCGGGCCUGGGUCGCGAGGCAGGACGGGAAGCACGUGUACGUCAUCCGCCACGGGACCGCCGUGCACAACGUCCGGUUCGGGCGGAAGGACGAGGUGUUCCGCGAUCUCAUCGAGAAGCGGGGCCGCGAGAACCGCGACAAUCGCUGGCUGUUUCCUGAGAUCGAGGAGUGGGCGUACAUUCGAAGAAGGACCGUCGACACCGAGCUCGUGGAGUCUGGCGUGCAUGAGGCGCGCCAGCUUGGCGAGGCGUGGAUGGGCGGCAGGGCGCGCAUCCACGACCGCCAGGGUGCGACCGAGGUCGCGCCGCUUGCUAUGAACGACAUCGACCUGAUCGUCACGAGCCCGCUCACGCGCACCUUGCAGACAACGAUGGAGGUGUUCUUUGUGAGAGACGCGCCUCAGAGGGCUGGAUCUGGUCCUGCGGCAAGGUGGCAGCGAUCUCGUAGCGAAUCUUCUCGGCCUCAAGGGGGGCUUCAGGCCGACACUGAGGCGGCAGACAAGCCGAUCAUCGCUUUAGACAUGAUCAAAGAGUGGUCGCAGGGAAGGCACACGCCGAAUCUGCGCAAGGACAGAUCCAGGCUGGCCCAGGCUUACCCGGCUGUCGACUUCGCGCACCUGGACAGCGAUCGGGACCAGAUGUGGCGGUCGCAUUGGGGGGGAGACCCGAAUGGCUUGGAGCCUCGCGCUCAUUUGGAGGCACGCGUCGCCAGAUUCAAGCAGUGGCUCGCCAAAAGGCCGGAGCGCAACAUCGCCGUUGUCUCUCACGGCACGUUCUUGGGGAACCUCCUGUUCGGCACCUUUAUCGAGGACACCAACGAUCUCGCACAUUGCAAGAUCUAUAGAUUCGAGAUGGGUGCAUGA